AUGCCAUGUGGGAUGAUAGAAGUCAUGUGGGAUGAUGGAAUUCAAAUCCUAUUUUGCAAAUUUUUUCUAAAAACCGCGUAUGGCCUUUUCCCCUCUCCUUUCACCCUAGGGUUAAGAUCACCACGCGUUCUUCGACCCUCUCAUUUUCGCUCUUUCCCUCCCGAAUUUUCUCCCGCCUCUCGGCUCCGGCACGUGAUAUUGGUUUUAGGUUUUGGGAUUGGCAUUGUUCUUGCUAUUCGUCGACUCCGGCGCUCUCUCUCCACCAAGUUUUCCCAUCUUGCUUGGGUUCAAACUGAUAGGAAGUCAGGUGGACUUGGGGACCUGAACUAUCCCCUGAUUUCAGAUGUCACGAAAUCAAUUUCCAAAUCAUACGGAGUGUUGAUUCCGGACCAGGGGGUUGCUCUUCGAGGGCUCUUCAUCAUUGACAAGGAAGGAGUUAUUCAGCAUUCGACUAUUAACAACCUUGCCAUUGGUCGGAGUGUGGACGAGACCAUGAGGACUCUUCAGGCUCUGCAAUUCGUGCAAGAGAACCCGGACGAAGUGUGCCCUGCAGGAUGGAAGCCUGGGGAGAAAUCCAUGAAGCCUGAUCCUAAGUUGAGCAAGGAAUAUUUCGCUGCUAUCUAAUAAUCUGGAUCUCCGCGGUUAAACUAGUUAGUGUUUUGGUGUUUGAAGAGCAAAAUAUAUGUUUUUGUUGUGAUUAGGCCUUGUUUUGAGUUUGUUGUGAUUUCAUUUGUGCCCGUGACUUGAAUAAAAUCAUCGGAGGAAAUUUUCAUCUGAAGUUCGAACAGUUUUUGCU